AGCAGAAUACUGGUAAACUGCUUUUUUGAAGGAGGUGGUGCCAGCAAAUAUUUAAGAUCGUCUAGGUAUGGACUUCCCAUCCAUGACAUUCCACACAAACAAUGUGACUGAAUUUAUCCUCUUUGGCCUCACGCAAAAUGAAGAAACCCAGAAAAUAUGCUUUGUCCUGUUUCUGUCCUUCUAUUUAAUCAUUGUGCUGGGCAACCUUCUUAUAGUAAUCACUAUAAUCUUCAGCACCCACUUGACAUCUCCCAUGUAUUACUUCCUCAGUUACUUAUCCUUUGUGGACAUCUGCUAUUCAUCAGUCACAGCUCCCAAAAUGAUUGCAGAUUUUCUUCUGGAAAGAAAAACCAUCUCAUUUAUUGGCUGCAUAGCUCAGCUCUUUGGAGUCCAUUUCCUUGGCUGCACAGAGAUCUUCAUUCUUACAGUGAUGGCGUAUGACCGGUACAUUGCGAUUUGCAAACCACUCCACUAUACCACCAUCAUGACUAGGCGAAUCUGUGGGCAGAUGGUAGCAGCUUCUUGGGUUGGAGGAUUUCUGCACUCCUUGGUGCAAACUCUUCUCACCACCCAGCUUCCUUUUUGUGGCCCCAAUGAAAUUGACCAUUAUUUUUGUGAUGUCCACCCUCUACUGAAAUUGGCCUGUACAGAUACCUAUAUAGUUGGUGUCAUAGUAGUUGCGAACAGUGGGAUGAUUGCUUUAAGCUGCUUCCUCAUUUUAGUGGUGUCAUAUAUUGUAAUCUUGGCCUCCUUGAGAUCUCAUUCUUCUGAAGGACGUCGUAAGGCUCUUUCUACUUGUGCUUCCCAUGUCACUGUAGUGAUUUUAUUUUUUGGGCCAUGUACCUUUACCUAUAUACGCCCUUCUAGCAACUUCUCAGAAGAUAAGACAGUAGCUUUGUUUUAUACGGUUAUCACUCCGAUGCUGAACCCAUUAAUCUAUACAUUAAGAAAUUCAGAGAUGAAGAAUGCCAUUAAAAAAUUAUGGAGCAGAAAAAUGUUUUCAACUGAAAAAACAAAUAUGUAAACAGAGCAUGCAUAGAAAUAGUUAAAACAUCUUUUUGUGAAGAUUUUAUUUUACUUCUGUCAAUAAAUUAUGCUGCUUUUAAUAUAGUUAUUCCAUUGACACUUUGCAUUUUACUUUGUUAUACUUUGUUGUAAAUCAUUUGAUGAUUUGAUUAUAGAACAAUAUAACACUGGAUUGAACUUCACUUGGUAGCAGGGAAUAAGUUAACAAAUAAAUCAAAUUUGGUUUGACAAAGCAUUCAAGAUUUCCCAUUGGGAUAUUAUUAUUUUAUAUAGUUUCUCUUUGUUAACUUUAUUUAGAUAUAUGCACAGGUUCUAGCAGGUAUGUGAAACUGCAAAUUGAUUUUGACCAUACAACAUUGGACAUCACUUUUUGGAAGCUCAAAUCCAGGUCAGAAAAUGUUCUAGCUACAAAACCAUCACACACUGAUACAGAAAUGCAUAGCAAGGCAAUCAAGAGGAAUGCUGCACAUUCCAACAUAAAAAUGCAGAGGACUAGACAGUUGCCACUAGCUCAGCAAAAAUAUCCUGUGAUAUAUUACACUAAAGAGAUCACAGUUUUGAAUCAUCCCCACCCCACAACAAAUUAUUGUAUUUUUCCUUACCAUAAUAGCAACAGGUCUAUGAAUCUAAAUCCAUGCAGGGAUUCUCCUACCUUAGUGUAAAAAAAA